UCUAGUGGUAAUAAAGUUUGUUUUCAUUGAAACUGAUUUUAUUCUGUGGCUGAUCGCAACACGUAUAGAUUUUUAUGCUAUUGUCUUUUUCAAAGCUAUGAUGUUAGUCUUUAAUUAAAGACUACUUCAUGCUGCAUUGCCAAGUAUUCAAAGCUAGAAUAAUUCGUGACCGUUUUCUUGUAAUCUUGAAUAUUAAUCGUUUGAUUUGUGAGCACCGCUUCGGUGCUUUGAGUUAGCCAAAUUACCCGUUACUCCGUAGGUUUGCAUCAAGUCAAGUAAUAAAUCAUUUGGAAGAGUAAUGUUUUAAAAGAGUACAUGCAUGCCUUUGCAGGAGAAAAACCUCAUGUAUGUGAGAUAUGUAAAUAAAUAUUUUUUCAAAAGCCUUCUUUAAAUAUGCAUGUGCUUGUUCCUACAGGACACAGAUGCGAAGUAUGUCGGACGUCAUUUAGAACUAAGGGUGGUUUAAAAACGCACAUGCUUAUUCACUCAGGAGACAAGCCUUAUGUAUGCGAAGUAUGUUCGACGUCAUUUAGAACUAAGAGUGGUUUAAAAACGCACAUGCUUAUUCACUCAAUGGACAAGCCUUAUGUAUGCGAAGUAUGUUCGGCGUCAUUUAGAACUAAGAGUGGCUUAAAAACGCACAUGCUUAUUCAUUCAGGAGACAAGCCUUAUGUGUGUGAAGUAUGUAGGAAGCCAUUUAGUCAGAAGAUUACUCUAAUUCAACAUGCGCGUAUUCACACAGGAGAGCAAUGUCAUGUGUGUAAUGUGUGUAAGAAGUCAUUUAGGAAAAAGGGUUUUUUAAAACGGCAUAUGCUUAAUCACACAGAAGAGAAGCCAUAUGUGUGUGAAGUAUGCACAAAGUCAUUUAGUUGGAAGGUUAAUUUAAAUGCGCAUAUGCGUAUUCACACAGGACAGAAGCCAUAUGUGUGUGAAGUGUGCACAAAGUCAUUUAGUUUCAAGGUAGUUUAAAUGUGCAUAGGCGUAUUCACACAGGAGAGAAUCCAUAUGUAUGUGAAUUAUGUAUGAGGUCAUUUAGAACUAAUGAUAGUUUAAAAGGGCAUAUCCUUAUUCAUACAGGAGAGCAUCCACAUGUGUGGUGAUGUAUGUAUGAAGGCAUUUAGAACUAAGGUUGGUUUAAAUGGGCAUAUGCUUAUUCACACAGGAGAGAAUCCAUAUGUGUGUGAAAUAUGUAUGAAGUCAUUUAGAAGUAAGGUUGGUUUCAAUGGGCAUAUGCUUACUCACACAGGAGAGAAGCCAUAUGUGUGUGAAGUAUGUACAAAGUCAUUUAGACGAAAGGGUACUUUAUAUAGACAUAUGUGUGUUCACACAAAAGAAAAUACUUAUGUAUGUGAAAUAUGUAAUAAGACAGUUAGUGAUAAGAGCAAAUUAGUCCGGCAUAUGCUUCUUCACACAGGACAGAAACUUCAUGUGUGUGAAAUUUGUAAGAAGUCAUUUAUUCGAAAGGAUAAAUUAAAUGAGCAUAUGCUUGUUCACACUGAAGAUAAACCUUAUGUGUGUGAAGUAUGUAAUAAUUCCUUUAAACGUAAGAGUAAUUUAAAGGAGCAUAUGAGUAAGCACAGAAUAGAGAAAGCUUAUGUGUGUAAAAUAUGUAAGAAGGCAUUUAGUCGAACUUCUAAUUUGAAGGAACAUAUGCGUAUUCAUACAGGAGAGAAACCUCAUACCUGUGAAAUAUGUUUCAAGUCAUUUAGACAAAAGGUUAAAUUAAAUGGGCAUAUGCUUGUUCACACUGAAGAUAAACCUUAUGUGUGUGAAGUAUGUAAUAAUUCCUUUAAACGUAAGAGUAAUUUAAAGGAGCAUAUGGAUAAGCACAGACUAGAGAAAGCUUAUGUGUGUAAAAUAUGUAAGAAGGCAUUUAGUGGAACUUCUGCUUUGAAGGAACAUAUGCGUAUUCAUACAGGAGAGAAACCUUAUACAUGUGAAAUAUGCUUCAAGUUAUUUAGACAAAAGGUUUCUUUAAAACAGCAUAUUCUUAUUCACACAGGAGAUAAACCUCAUACGUGUGAAGUAUGCUUCAAGUCAUUUAGACAAAAAGUUUCUUUAAAACGGCAUGUUCUUAUUCACACAGGAGAUGGUUUAGUCAAAACUGCAUUUUGAAGUAACAUAUGCUUUUUCACACGUGAGAGAAACUGUGUGUGAAGUAUGUACGAUGUCAUUUGACAGGAGUAUGUACUUAGACAGGAGAAGUUACAUACUUUACACCUUAUGUAUGUGAAGUAUGUAAGAAGUCAUUGAAUCAAAAAUAGAGUUUAAACUGCCAUGUACUUAUCUACAUAGGACAGAAAUGGGAACAGCUUUAGUAUUGGUCCUUUUGGCGACAAACUUCGGUCCCCAAGGUAUACCCGGCUUUGAAGAUCGGGAAAAAAUGGCAGAUUGUCAACAAAACCCGAUCUAGACUAAAUAACAAUCCUAAAAAAUAAGCUCUUGAUCAGAAUAAACAGUGUCUCUAAUUUUCAACAUUUCUAGUACUAUGAUAAAUUCUUGAAGCACUACCGUAAAUCAAUUUAUGGCAGUGAUUAUGUUAUGAGUAAUGAAAUUUACAAAAGGUUAAUAUUUAAAUUACAAAAUAUAAUAUUAAUAUAUUAAGCAUU